AUGACGAGGGGGAACGGGGCCAGGAGAGGGGGAGAGUGCAGGCAGGCGCGCGGAGUGGAGGGAGAUGAGGGUGGGGAGGGAGAGAUCUAUGGUGAGGAGUUGGAAGACAGGAGAGAGGAGGAGAGAGAGGAGGAAAGAGAGAGGGGAGGAGAGGAGGAAGGAGAGGAGGAUGGUGACCAACGAAGGGAUGAGGGUGGGGAAGGAGGGGGGGACGGAGAGGGGGAGAGUGAUGGAGAGAGGGACGACAGAGGGGAAGCAGCCUCUGCUUUUGCCAAAGGGAGCAGAGGAUUUGAUGCGCAUGGUAGGGAGGAGCAAGGGGGGAGGGGGAGGAACGCUUGUUCACAUGCACAGGGGUUUAUGGAGGAAGGAGGGGAGGAGGUUGGCGAGAGGGCGUGGGAGGAGGAGGAGGAGGAGGAGGAGGAGGAGGAGGAGGAGGAGGAGGAGGAGGAGGAGGAGGAGGAGGAGGAGGAGGAGGAGGAGGAGGAGGAGGAUGAGGAGGAGGAGGAGGAGGAUGAGGAGGAGGAGGAGGAGGAGGAGGAGGAGGAGGAGGAGGAGGAGGAGGAGGAGGAGGAGGAGGAGGAGGAGGAGGAGGAGGAGGAAAGGCGAUCUUGGGUGGGUGGGCAGGAGGUGGGAGGGAUGGAUGGAGCAGGAGGGGUGAGCGGUGCUUUCAGGAAGUCAGGUGGUGGGAUGGUGCAGGAUGGUGAGGAGGAGGGGGUGAAGGGGAAGGGCAAGAAAGGGAAAGCCAAGGGUGAGAAGGUUAAGAAGGUCAAGAAGAAAGAAAAGGAGGAGAAGGAGAAGGAGGGGAAGGAAGGGAAGGCGGACAAGGGGAAGAAAGUAGUGAAGGUGAAAAAGCAGGGGAAGGAGAAGGAAGGGAAAGAGAAGGAAGGGAAGGAGAAGGAAGGGAAGGAAAAGGAGGGGAAGGUUGAGAAGGUGAAGAAGAUUAAGAAGAAACUGCAACUGCAGCAGCCUUUGCAGCAGGAACGGGAAGAAGGGGAGGUUUUCGACCGUCAGAUGGAGCAGCAGUACUCGCGAUCUCAGUCGUUGGAUCACGGCAAACAUGCCGCCCAGCUGGCAUCGGCUUCGGAGGAUUCUUUGCCACACAAUCUGAGCUUCGUGGCACCGCGACAUCAUCAUGCAAAUUAA